AUGAGGGGUGUUCCGAAUCACCGUAUUGAUAAUGAGUCACUGAAGGAGUACUUCUACCGAGGACAUGCUGAUAAUUGUAAGGCAGUGCUCGAUAUUAUCGUGGGAGGUUCGUACGGUGAAUGCACUUUUGCACAAAUUACAGAGAAAAUAGAGAAGAUAUCUCGAAAUAAUAAAGCUUGGAGCACUAGAAAGUCAGACACUGGGAGGAGCACAUUUGUCGUUCAAGUUGCAAACAACCAGCCCGCAGAUGAAAUUCGCGAGGAGAUGGCGCAGAUGAGAACUGAACUAGGGUUGGUCUUAAAGCAUGUGACUGGAGGAGUGGAGAAGACAGGGGGUUUUCGACCAAACGCCCAAGGUUGCAACACGGAUAAUUGGCACCAAGGUCAAGGAAAUGAAGGUCGGAAUUAUGGAAAUUACAACUGUCAUGGUCAAUAUGUCCUAGAUGGGAACUACAAUCGUGACAACAAUUACAAUCAGAACAACUAUGGCAACAAAAAUAAUCGAGUUAGACCUUAUGUUCCUCCUCAAAAUUGGGAUUUUGCUCCUAGGAAAGCAGGAGGUACUAUGUCACGUAUUGAGAAUAUGAUGCAGAAAAUGAUGAGGAGGUUUGAUGCGACUGAUGAGAAUGUGAAGGAGAUGCGAAAUGACUUGUUUGGUAUUGGUCAAAAAGUUUACGCCCAUGUAGUGUCGAUCAAGCAUCUUGAGCUACAAAUGACCCAGUUGUCGACUACAGUAAACCCACGUCAACCUGGCACUCUUCCUAGUAAUACUAUCCAAAAUCCAAAGAAUGAUGGACAUUGUAUGGCAGUCACAACUCGAGGAGGUAAGCAGACCGUUGAUCCACAUAUGCCAUCUGGGGUAGAAAAAAAUGCUAGUCUAGAUGAUGAUGUGGUUGAGGUGUCUGGAGAGACCGAGAGUGCGACAGACAAGGAAGAGGAGGUAACUCAAAAAGUUGUCCCCAUACCCAGACCUCCACCUCCUUUCCCACAAAGGUUAGUGAAAAAAACUAAAGAAAGAAAAUAUCGCAGGUUUAUUAGCAUGUUGAAGCAACUUUUCAUCAAUGUUCCGUUGAAAGAGGCUUUGGAGCAAAUGUCUGGGUAUGCCAAAUUUAUGAAGGAUAUGGUGACCAACAAAGGGGUUAGCUUCGAGGAUGAUGAUAGAUUGCAACAAUGUAGCGCUAUUGCUACUAUGUCCCUUGUGCAGAAGAAGGAGGAUCCUGGUGCCUUUACUAUUCCAUGUACCAUCGGGUUGUUGCAUUUUGCUAAGGCAUUGUGUGAUCUUGGGGCUAGCAUUAAUCUUAUGCCAUUGUCGAUUUACAAAAAGUUAGGUUUGGGAGAUCCAAAAAUGACUGCAAUUCGAUUGCUCAUGGCCGACAGAACUAUGAAGAGACCCAUAGGUGUGCUCCAUGAUGUACAAGUGAAAGUGGAGUCGUUCAUCUUUCCGGCAGAUUUUGUAAUUCUUGACUGCGUGGUUGAUUUUGAGGUUCCCAUCAUUCUUGGGAGACCAUUUUUAGCUACGGGGCGCGCUUUGGUUGAGGAGAGACUGGGUGUUGAGGCAUUAGCAGUGGUUAUGAUGAACUUCGACAAUGAUGGUAUUGAAGAGUAUGAUGAGCUGGUCGCCGCACUUGAUAAGUGUGAAUAUCGGUCAAAACUAAAGAAGUUGGAGUUGGACAUGAAAAACCGUGAGUCCCCACCUGCACGAACGUCUAUUGAGGAGGCACCAAAAUUAGAGCUUAAGGCUCUACCACCGCAUUUGAGUAUUGAAGAGGUUCAAGCGAGCCAUUGGGUGGACUAUUACGGAUAUUAUUGGGAUCCCUCUCAGUAUUUGUUCUUAUAA